GUACCCCUCUCAACCCUCAACCAUUCUCUUCUAAGCUUCACUUCUAGUGCUGGCUGCAAUGGCGUUACGUGUUCUCCUUGUGGUGGUGGUAGUGGCUUUGCUCUUCUGUGUCAACGUUGCGGAGGUUUCAUCCUUUUCCGCAGGGGAAGGUGAACUCACCACCCAUUUUAACCAGGAGGUCGCACUGAGAGGUGGGCACGGGAGGCUCAUGCAGUCUAUAGAUUGUGAUGGAUUGUGCAAGGUGAGGUGUAGCCAGCACUCAAGGCCAAAUGUGUGUACGAGAGCAUGUGGGACUUGCUGUAGGAGGUGCAAGUGUGUUCCUCCGGGGACUUCUGGGAACAGGGAAAUGUGUGGGAGCUGCUACACUGAUAUGAAAACCCAUGGGAACAAACCUAAGUGCCCAUAAUAAGUCCAUCACCCAAAUCUCAAUUUUCUAAUGAAUCCAUAUAUGUUCAAGUAUGAGUGUGUGACUGCUUUGUGCCUUGAUUUGGGUGCGAUUUGAAUUACUCUCUCUCUCUCUCUCUCUCUCUCUCUCUCUCUCUCUCUCUCUCUCUGGGUCCUACUGUGUAACAAAGAUAGAUAUCAAUCAAUAUGUAUCUUGUAGUAUUAUGAGUUUUGUUUACCAAAAAAUAGUAUUAUGAGAGUUAUUAUUUCUUAA